AUGGAGACGUUGUUCGAGGAUGUCUACACCCUUGAGAAGGAUAAAGUUCACCUUGCGGCUCACUGUUUUGAUGGGUUGGCUCGAUUGUGGUGGACUCAGGCGAAAAAGAAUCACUCGUUGAAUUCCGCUUUCGUUACUUGGGAGGCGUUUCGGGAGAUACUACUCAUGGAGUAUUUUCCCGAGAGUGAUAAGCGAACAAUCAAGAAGGAUUUUCGAAAGUUAAGGCAAGGUAGCCGGACAGUGCGGGAGUAUGAAAGGGAGUUCACGCACUUAGUCAACUGCGUGUCGAGCUUGGUUCACAGCGAUAGGGACAGGGCAGAGGCUUUUGAGCGCGGGUUGCGACCCGAAAUAUUCAAGGUUAUUCAUGCGUUCCGGUUGAAGACCUAUGAGAAGGUUCUUGACCGCGCAUUCUGGGUAGAGCGCGGCAAUGCUAUUGCGUGA